AUUAUUUUUCUUUUUAAUCUGUGGUCCGCAUGUAAACCAUGUGAGGACUGUUUUGCAACAAAAAUCUUAGAUUUCUUCGAGAAUUUACUAUUAUUCGCGGACAGUGGUGAAAGAAAUUAAAAGAUGGAGACCGAAAAUAUCAGUGUUGAUGACUUUCUACCCGCCAAGAAGACCAUAAAGCUGAAAAAUGUGAAACGAAGAGCCGUGUCGGAGUCUGGUGAAGGGAUGGAGGUGGAAGAGCAUAAUGGCAUACAAGGAACAGCAAAACAUACUAGGCCUAAAGCGAAAAGAUCGAAGAAAGGCAAGGAACCUAAUGAGAGCAAAGAGAAUAUGAGAAAAGUGCCUGUACCAGCUCACAGAUAUACACCUCUAAAAGAGAACUGGUUGAAGAUUUUCACACCAAUCGUCGAGCACUUAAUGCUGCAAGUGAGAUUUAAUACUAAAUCCAGGAAUGUAGAAAUCAGAGUCGGUCCAGAAACGAAAGAUGUUGCUAAUUUGCAAAAAGCUGCUGAUUUUGUCAAGGCAUUCAUCUACGGUUUUGAAGUUGAAGAUGCACUAGCUCUACUCAGGUUAGACGAUCUAUUUGUCGAGUCAUUCGAAAUUAAAGAUGUCAAGACACUUCAGGGUGACCAUUUGGGACGAGCCAUCGGUCGGUUGGCUGGCAAAGCUGGACGUACGAAAUUCACAAUAGAAAAUGUUACUAAAACAAGAAUAGUACUCGCAGACUCGAAGAUACAUAUUCUAGGGAGUUAUCAGAACAUAGCAUUGGCAAGACGAGCGAUAUGUAACCUCAUUAUGGGAUCACCACCUUCGAAGGUCUAUGGAAAUCUGAGAAAUGUUGCGAAUAGGGUAGCGGAGAGAUUUUAGUUGUAUAAUAAAAGUAUUUAUGUAUAAAAA